GGACUUGGCCUGCCGCAAUUGCUUGGUCGACAGCAGACUAGUCGUUAAAAUUGGGGAUUUCGGCCUUUGCCGCGAUAUUUAUGAGCAUAACUACUAUCUCAAGAAGGGUCGUGGUCGCUUGCCAGUGAGAUGGAUGGCACCAGAGUCGCUUCGAUCGGCUUAUUUCACUUCCCAAUCUGACCAAGUGUUUUUUUUCACGACACGGUCUUAUGGAGUGGUACUCUGGGAAAUAACUACGAUGGCAUGUCUACCCUAUGGUGGAAUGUCACAUGAAGAGGUCAUUCACUAUGUCGUCAAUGGCAAUACACUAGUUACAAAUGGACCACCUAUUAAUUGCCCCCGCCUACUGUGGAUGACUUAA